AUGUCGGCGAUCUUCUGGGCCCUUUAUCUGCCAUGCGUUUGUGCUUUGGGAGCGUCCAAGCCACUUAUCAACGUCGUCUGGUUUAAGUGCACGGAUCUACGGACGCAUGACCAUGCUGCGCUCAAGGCAGCCCAUUCAGACAAGCUGCCGGUGUUGCAUCUCUAUGUUUUCGAUCCUGUCUGGUACGAGGGCAAGACCCGUCUGUGCGGCUUCCCCAAAACUGGAGUCUUGAGAACUCGAUUUCAAUUGGAGGCUUUGGAGGACCUUCAAAGCAGGCUGGAAUCCAGAGGCCAUCGACUCAACGUGCGCACGAACGUAUCCACCGCCGAGUGUUUCAGGGAGCUUAGCAAAGACUAUAGGAUCAACGCCGUCUUCGCAUUCCAUGAAGUUUGCAGCGAAGAGCUGCAGAUUCAGCGAGAGGUUCAGCAUGUGCUGCGUCAGAAUGGGCCAAGUCCUCUGCGACUUUACUGGGGGUACGAGCUGCUUCACCCUGAUGACCUCCCGUUCGAUACGAAAGACCGGGCAGCUUUCAAGGAGAUCGAGGUCUUUCUCGGUCGCGUCAAAGGUGUAUCUCCGAGGCCAUCUGCUCAGCAAGAGCCUGAUUUCGUAACUGGUCCCGAGAAGGCCAUCCACUGGUGGCGAGCAAGCAAAGCCAUUCCACAGGCAGAUGAGGUCAUGGGAAGUAAUUACUUGGUGGCCGAGGAUCUGGGAAAGGAGUCUGCUUGGCAAGGAGGGGAGACUGCGGCCCUUGCGCGGGUACAGGAGUACUUGUGGGAUCACGACCGGCUUGCACUGGAUUAUGUCGGAGCAACAUCGGUGCGAAGCUUGUACAGAAGCCCUUUGGAUGACGAAGCUACUUCGAAGUUGUCACCCUGGCUUGCUCAUGGAUGUCUGUCUCCGAGACUGCUCUACGAGGAGGUCACGCGUUACGUGUCGGCAUACCGACAGAAAUUGCUUUCUACUGGUCGAGCAAAGCAAGAAUAUACACAUUCGGGUAUUGGGAUCAGAAACCCGUACAAUGUCUCGCAUCGCAUCGUGCGUGAACUGCUCUGGCGCGAUUUUACACGCUUUGGGAGCAUCGAGGCAGGUACCAACAUCUUUAAGAUUGGUGGCCGAGAUAAAACUAUUCGUCAGAAUUCCGAGAGCCGAAGUAAUCCCCAACAUCUUCCAUCGUGGCACUGGUCCUCAGAUCGAGGCUUGCUGGAAGCUUGGAUUGAUGGACGUACAGGUUUCCCAUUCAUCGACAGCUCCAUGCGAGAGCUCAAGGCCACCGGCUAUUGCAAGCACAUCGGCCGCUUGUGCACUGGAUGGUUUCUUAUCUCUGACUUAGGACUCGACUGGCGGAUGGGAGGAGAGUGGUACGAGUCCAUACUUGUAGAUUAUGAGCCAGCUUUGAACUGGUUCAACUGGGUUUAUGGUUGCCUGGAACCUAUCAACCCUCAUAAAGCCCAAGCGCGAGGGCAGCAGCAGUGCCGGGAAAUAUUGGAGGCCGGAAUUGUGCAUGACCCCGAUGCCGCUUACAUCAAACGAUGGAUCCCGGAGCUGGCAGAGCUACCGCCACUUCUUGCAAGGGAGCCAUGGCGUCUACAUCCAGAGGGCAUCCGAUGGGCGUCAAAGUCGACGAGCCUUCGAAAGAUGCCCUUUUUACGGGGAUUCCAGGCUCCGCCUGUAGUGCAGGAAGGUGGGACAAGACAGCAAGGAAACGAAGAGCACUCUGGUGACACUUCCUUCCCAGGACUUCAGCUCUGGCGAAGGCUGGUCUCAUUUCUCCUUCCAAAGUUGACUGGCCUCUUCCCUGCUCGUCUUGUGCCAAGAGCUGGAGCAACUGCACGCUCCUUUCGCUAUGGCGUGGACUACCCGAAGCCUGUUAUCCAGCCGAUUUCAUUGAUGGAUGCAGAAAGGGCAGAGGCACAGGUUCACGCUGCUCGGGCCAUUUCCAAGCAGCAGCGAGACGAGGAAGUAGCAUGGUUGAAAACAAGGCGACAUUGCGGUUCGCAGCCUCAUUAG